CGGAAAUCCCCUUGUUGACAGUUGAUGCUAACUCGAUGCUAGCAGCUGGAGCUAAACUGGAAUCGAGACCAACGUUUCUGCGAUUUAAAUACAAAUAACACGUUGAGCAGCGAACCGUAGGAAUAAUUUAAUCAGUUUAAGGAAACUAUUCACACUAACCGACUCUGCUAUGUUAUAAUAUAUUACAGGAAGCUAACGGAUGCUAAGCUAACAGUUCACAGGGUCUGAGUACUUCUCCCACCUCUGGUUGAAUGGAUCUCUUCGACGACCUUCCUGAACCGACACAGCCCCCUGUGUCAGCAGCGGUCACAGCUCGAUCCCAGCAUACCAAAGAAGAAGAAGAAGUGGAGAGGAGCUUGAAAAGGAAACGAUGUCCGGCCAAUGAGAGGGAGGAGUUAAGGGAGGAGGUCAAGAAAGUUUGUAAAGAAGGCCUCCCCCUGCUGAAAGGCUAUGUGGCGUCGCGGCGUGGAGAACGUGAGGAGAUGCAGGACGCUCACCUGCUGCUGCCGGACAUGAGCAGCUGUCUGUCCGCACUGCCAGGACACCUGUCUCAAGUUUCGUACUUUGCCGUGUUCGACGGUCACGGAGGAGCUCGAGCCUCUCGCUUCGCUGCGGAGAAUCUCCACCACAACCUGGCCAAGAACUUCCCCAGCGGAGAGACGGAGAACGUGGACAAGCUGAUAAAGAAAUGUCUCCUGGACACUUUCCGGCAGACGGACGAAGAGUUUCUGAGGAAAGCUUCCAGUCAGAAGCCGGCGUGGAAGGACGGCUCCACGGCGACCUGCGUGCUGCUGGUGGACGACACGGUGUACGUGGCCAACCUGGGAGACAGCCGGGCGGUGUUGUGUCGGAUGGAGUCAGCAGAGGAUCAGAGGAAGUGUGUGACUCUGUCUCUGAGUAAGGAACACAACCCGACCAUCUACGAGGAGAGGAUGAGGAUCCAGAGAGCGGGAGGCACCGUCAGGGAUGGCAGGGUGCUGGGUGUCCUCGAGGUGUCUCGCUCUCUCGGGGACGGUCAGUAUAAACGCUGCGGGGUCAUUUCCUCCCCGGAGCUGCGGAGGCUACAGCUCACCGCCAAUGACAGGUUUAUCCUCCUGGCCUGUGACGGUCUGUUCAAAGUGUUCUCUGCUGAUGAGGCGGUUCAUUUGGUCCUGGACGUGCUGCAGGAGGGGAGUCAGACGGGGGAGGAGGGGAAGUUCGAAGCCGCCUGCCAGCAGUUAGCCGGGGAGGCAGUGAGACGUGGCUGUGCCGACAACGUGACUGUGAUCCUGCUCUCUAUCGUCUUCUGAACACACACACACACACACACACACACACACACACACCUGUCUGCGUUUUUUCCAAUAAAAUCCUGUUGGCUGUAGAGGAGUGUUUGUGUCUCCAUCAGUGAUGAUGUUAAUAAUAUAAUAAUGAUAACCACAGUUAAAAAAGAUGAGAUCAGUUUAAAUGAAUAAAUGCUGAAAUAAUUGAUAAUUAAUACAGGAAAUUAAAA